AUGGGCGCUUGUGGCAAACUCCGCUCUCAACUCGCAGAAUGCCUUAGCAAGUCGGAGUGUCUGCAGAGCGGGAAAUCGGCUCAGGAAUGCCUCCGAGAAGACCAAGUGCCGCGCGAAUGCCAGCAGCUGCGAUUGGCGUUUAUGGAAUGCAAGCGUGAUUUGCUCGAUGCCAGGAAGCGGUUUAGAGGUGUUUCUGGGGGUGGCAAUUAG